GUUUCGACAAGGUUGCGCAUUUGGUGAUUUCAGGACGUGGCCGGACGACUUAUUUGGUAAUUCGGGAAGAUCCUUGGAAGGAUUGUGUUAAUUUCUCUCGGUUUUUCAAAAUUACUUCAACAGAUUGCGACGUAUCUGUUGACUUUUUAUGCUGGAUGUUGAAAAGUAACAUCUGACAGUUUACGUGUGUCAUUCCCAUGACCUCUAACCUAAUGGAAGAAUGAAUUCACGAGGUGAUGAAGUACGCGUUCUGCUGAAUACGUGCAACAAAAUUUUUGUGCAACGCGAUUACUCGAAAGGACUGGGCGUCCAGUUUGAAACCACCUUUCCGAAUGCGCUUGAAGGGAGGAUCAGUGAACAAGCCUGGGCACAUACAAUUACGACGCUGAAUUCGUACUAUAGUAAAGCUGAAGAAGUUUGUUGCGCAACUGUAUUCGAAACAUUAACCGGCUGUCUUUCAUGUUACAUUUCCAGGCUUUUCGUAAAAACACAGUACGAGAAGUCAUUAAUGGAAAUUAAUCGAUUUUUGGCAGAGCAAAAUACGAAUGUUUACCUUCCGUCAGGUGUACAUUUAAUGGAUCCUAUUCAGCGUGGUCUUCGUGUGUUCGAGAUCAGUUUAAUACAAACAUCACCGGUAUUACAUCAGGGUGACGUAGCCCCAGAAGCAAACUAUGCUUUAGGCUUGGAUGGAACAAAGUAGUGAACGUCCGGUUAUUAAUGAUUCGUGAUAUUGUUUGUAUUAUACGGUUAUUUUUUGUUUUCAUUUUUACUCUGGCCGUAUGACUUUCUUCGACGGGAUGGAAGCAGAUGAACUGCCUUAUACAUAUCACGUGCACACUGUCUAAUUUCCGUGUGAUUUCUUAUUGUCAUUUUUACUUUCUUUAUAAUGUGAUAUAAUAUUCUCUAAUAUUCCUAAAAUAUGUGGAACGUGAAACUUCGGUUUCUUUUGCUAUUAAUUUGAUUGCUACCGAUGGCUCAAAAAGGUGAAUUAAAUAGAGUAAUUUGAUGGUUGGCACCGUAAGUCUCUCUCGAAUCGAGAAUGAAUACAGUUAUGUGUGGUCAUAUUUGUUUUAUUUGUGUGCAAUUGCGAUAAGGCACUGAAGACACAUUGCGCUGGAGAUAAAUGAAAGUCAUGGUUGUCUUUUUUGUUUCAAAUGUUUUUAGGAUAUUUAACGUGUUAUUUCUGUAUUUGUGAAAUUGAGUUCAAGGGGAAAAUUUCGGAGAUAUUUGGUUGUCCUGAUAUUGGUUGUCGAAUUUUGAUUAUAUAUGCUAUAUUUUGCUGUGUUAUCUGCUCGUUAUUUAUAAAUAUAAUGUGUAUAUAUCCAUAAAUUACGUGCGG